AUGAGAGUGAACAGAGGAAAUCAGACCCAGAGGUUUGUCAGAGGAAAAAUAGCCGUCUUAAAAUUGGGCAUGUAGCCCUAGACAAUUGCGCACUGUAUGUUAUCUUGUACUGGUCGAGCGGAAUAAUAUCAGCAAUAAGUUGAACAUGUAAGAAUCCGCUAGUGUUUAUUUUCGUCUGUGGGCUAUAUUUGUAUCUGACAGUUAAUUAUCUUCGCGUGGAAACAUACUUCUAGGGAUAUCAUUCAUUAAAAAGGUUACCGAUGGAAAGGACGGAAACUUUCUCUGACUAGUUCUGUGCUUGUGUUUGAUACAAUGUAGCUAUUUAAUAUACUGGAGUGCUAAUUAAUUCCAAUCGGUAAAAUAUCAAUCAGUUUGGAUAUUUUAAACAUUUGUUUUGACCUAUAACAAUGGCACAUAAAUGGUAUGACCAUUUUACGGUGUGGCUAAAAAUAGGACUAGUUUUACAAAUCGUGUCUACAAUUUUGUUCAUUGUUGGAUUUUCUACGGAUGUUUGGAUCUUUGCGACAUUCCGGGAGGACGCUAGGCGAGAGUACGGCCUGUGGAGGUACCUAUUUUACACGUACAGUUCACGCUACGAGGACGUCGGGGCCAUUAGAGCGAAUAUAGGAAACAAUGCUAUUGUUAUUACGAGAUCAGAUUGGUACCGUGCCACCCAGGCUAUGGAGUGCUUUGGUCUCAUCUGCAUCGUCAUCGCCACCUUCCUCCUUCUCCUUUACUUCUUCGUCGCUUCAUGUAAAAGAAGGAAUGCUCUCAUUGCCACGAUCAUCUUCACGUUCGCUGCUGUGGGUUUCAUCAUCAUCGGUAUCGCCAUUUUUGCAUCCAAGUUCGACAACUACGGCUAUGAAAUAGGCUGGUCAAUGGGCUUGGCCAUCGCGGCAGCCAUAUUGGCUUUCGUGGCGGGCAUCAUGGAGGUUUUAGAAAUUAAAUAAAUUAAUAUAUUACUUCACCUCUGACGCCAAAUACAGAAGUUUCCUCCAUCAAAUAAGGGUCAAGUUUUCAUGAUCACUGUCAUUCUCAGGAGAAGGCGUGGAGACACUGGGCAUUCCGCCAUAACUUUCUCGAUGCAACCAACUUAUGGAGGCAGACUGUUAUUUUGGCAGGACGAGGUUUCAUGUAAUCCUCUUGCCAACCAUCUUGUGACCAAACCACGAUAACUACCGAAUGGAAAUUGUCUUCAGGUUACCAUGUAUAUGCUCUAAAUCCCCCAUUUUCACAACCUUUGCACUUUACUCCGACAGAUAAGACUUUUUGGCUUUGUAUUUUUGAAAGUGAAAAUGAGGCACGUAUGGCCAAAACCGCGGAAUCAUUGUGGAAAUAAUCCCAGUAUAUAGUAAACAUCACGUGACUGAAAUCAUGGCUGCCGUUUUGGAUUUUGAUAAAGCAAUGAAUGUGACAUUUAAAACUGUCUAACACGGCUCAUUUUUUGAGUUUUACAUGAUUGUAAAUUUUGUAAUAGUUUAUAACAAUAUUUAUAUGAUACGUCUGACAAUUUCAGUUUUAUAGAUUUGUAUAAUUUUUGUCUUUACUCAAAGUGCUUUUAUCUCUAAGCAUAUGUGUCAAGGUCGCAAUGGCAAUAUUUUUUUUCAAAACUGAGUCAAAGCUAACUAACUCACCGUAACUCACCGUUCUUGACGUCAUUUAUGAUUUCGAAAGAAGUAAAAAUAUCAUUUAAAAAGAUUUCAUCACUGCAGAUUUUGAUUUUCCCGUCAUGAACUAAGAAACACUAAUUAUGUCUCAGAAGUCAACGCUACAAAUUUGCGUGGAAUUUAUGGAUAUACAGUAUAUAGUUUUGGCAAGUGUUUUCAUGUAUGACCUUGACCCCAAAUGUGUUAUGGUGACGUAGGCAGCAGAAGUAUAAAUGGCCGUUGUGUUCUCGUUCUUUUUGUUGUUGUCUGAUUCUGAUUGGUGGGGACCACAUACGUGUAUAAAGCGAGACCCCCCGCGGUGUCGGAUACCAGUGUUCAAACAGUCCAAGAAAGAUAACUCUUACUAAAUUUGUGAUUUCCCUUGUCAAACUUCCUCAUGUUAUCAAAUAAUAUCAUAUAUAUAUAUAUAUUUAAAGUCUGGUUGGUAUUUCGUUAUGAGUGAAUGCAUGGCUCAAUUGUUUAAAAUGUAUAAUGCAAAUGACAUUUAUUUAGCUAUAGUUUGCUUGUGUAAUAUUGUUCUUUCUUACUAUAAACAUUUUAAUAAAAAGAUAACACAAAACUGAA